AAAUGUAGAAGAAGAAAUUCGAUGUUAUAAGCAGUUGCCAAGCUGCCUUUUAUUUUCCCACCAUACAAAAAAGAAAAGAAUCCAAUAAUAGAUUCUCCUUCGUUAACAGAAUUAACCUACAAACCAACAAAAGAUAUUGGGAAAUUUUUAGGGUUCUGUGCUCUGCAAAAUGCUCCCAACACAUGUUUUCGAUUUGCUUCUCCGUCCCUAAAUUUAGGGCUUUUGAUCACCAGCGUAACACUAAUCUGAUGCUGAGUUCAAAUUGCGUUCACUCUCUACCUCAGCGCCCUCAAAUUCCUCAGCUCUCAGUGUCGAGUCCCAGAUUUAGGGCUUCGAAACUCACUGAUAAAUCGUUGUUUGCUCCCGCGCUGAGCUUUCGGGUUUCAGAAACCCAUCGCCGCUUCCCAGCUAAGAAAUGGAAGAUCUCGUGCUUUCGGCAUGAAGAAUCAUCUCCCGAUUCUCCAAAUUCAGAGUCUGCUGGUGAGCUUCUGCAUGAGACAGAGAAGUCGGAGAUUAAUUCGCCAACUGUCGAAAAAAGAAGUUGGGGUACAAGUCUAAAAGAGGCUGUGGAUGUACUGUUUAAAGUGAUUGGGAAGCCAUGGAGUGUACCAUGGACUGCAGAGACCAUCCUACAGGUAACACUCCUCUGGAUACUGUCAUUCUGGUUUGUGGGGUCGUGGUUGAUUCCGUUUGGAGCUCAUAUUGUUGGAUUCAGCAAGGAAUCACUGACAUUUAGAGGGCAAGCUUUAUUCAGCCUUCUAACCGAUGUGACUGAAGGCCUAGCUGGAAUUCUAAUUCUCCAUCGCUGCUUGUCACGAUUCCGCCCCCUUCCAUCCGAUUGGUUCAAGUUCAGCCUAAGAGGGAAUUGGAUGUUUGAUGUUUUGCUCGGAUGCUUCAUGUUUCCAUUGGUCAACCGCCUCUCACAGUUCAACCUCGAUCUGUUGCCCGUGCUGCCUUCUACUCCCAUCACUCUGUCUAGUGUGGAGCAGUCGAUAAUGGCCCGUGACCCGAUUGCAAUGGCUCUCUACGCACUGGUGCUCGUGGUAUGCGCUCCUCUGUGGGAGGAAAUCGUGUUCCGGGGCUUCCUCCUGCCGUCUCUGACUAAAUACAUGCCGGUGUGGUGCUCGAUCUUAUUGAGCUCCGUCGCCUUUGCAUUGGCGCAUUUCAAUGUACAAAGAAUGUUACCACUUAUUUUUCUUGGUGUGGUGAUGGGUGUAACAUAUUCGAGGUCGAGGAAUCUAUUGCCGUCCAUGCUCCUGCACAGUUUGUGGAAUGGCUUCGUGUUCUUGGAUCUCAUGAAAUGAAAUGCCUCAUUUCUUUUUACCAUUCUAACCCCUUGACCUGCUUCACUCCAAGAAUUCAUUCUUGCCCAAUCUAAAUCAUACACUGCAUUCCUUGUGUUGUAAGAAUAAGUAUCAAUCUUUUUCUUCUUUUUAUUGCAUUUUGUAAAUUAUUCUUCAGGUUUUAGCUAAAUAUCUUCUCCUAUGAUGAUCAA